AUGCUUGGCUGGCCAAAGAUCGGUGACAUAUAUCAAAUGUUGUGCCUCCAAAAUUCUGUCGUGCGCGCGGAUAAGGCGGAUGGCGGGGCGUUUUCGGUGGCCCUUUGCCUGCACACGCACACCGAGCCUCAGCCUCGGGUGGCAAAUAGCCAAAGCGAGGAAUAUUCCACGUCGCAGGAUCCGACGGCCUGGAUUGCAAAGGAACCUUUUCGAAGUUUGAAAGUUAUUUCCGCGAAGUAUUCUACGCGUCUGCUAAGAAACACCGCAAUAUUCUAUGCGACAAUUGAACUUUACGCGACUGCAUGUAAAAGACGCCAUCCGUCAACUUUCUGUCAACUUUCGUGGGAAAAUGGAAAAAACAAACAAGCACACGACAAAGUCAAGCUUGCCGGUUGUCUUCAAAAGGAGGACAGAAAGAACGAAGAAACAAAAAUGGGAGGAGAUGGUUCUCUUCACGUCCUCGUCUUCGUCUAUCCCGUCCAUGGCCGCAUCAUCCCCGCCAUGGUUCUCGCCUCGCGCCUCGUGGAUUCCGGCGCUAGGGUAAGCUUCCUCUACCCCGCCCACCACGAAUCGCGCCUCUGCGACGCAAGGUCCCGGCCACAUUCUCCAGAAAUCCGCUUCGUCGCGCUCCACGCCCGCGAUUUCGACUCGGCGCCCAACGAUUUCAGCCGGGAUUUCUUCCUCAUGCCCUCGCUCGCCCAGGAAUUCGAGCAGCUCGUCUCAUCGCUCCAGCCACCACCAUCGUGCCUGAUUAGCGACGAGGUGUGUGGAACACUCGCCAAAUCCGCACGAUUGCUGGGCAUCCCGCGCUAUAUCCUCGUCCCAGAAUCCGCGUCGGCAUUUGCCGCUACGCUACUCGCGCCAUCGCUCGCCAGGGAUUCCAAGCUCCCGCUCCAGGUCGCGAGGAACGAGACGGUGGAUAUUCCGUUUAUCGGGAUGACGGUCGUUGCGAGGGAAUAUCUUAGCCCGUACCUAGAUACCUUCCCGUGGCGUGCGGAUUACUUCCUCGAAGGCGCCAUUGAGGCACAGGCAUCGGACGGCAUCCUCGUCAACACGUACCGCGAGCUGGAGCCGUCAAUCUUAUCCGGCAUGGUGCGUGACACGUGCCUCAAUCCUCACCGUGCGCCCGUCUUUGCGGUUGGGCCGCUGAUCCCCGAGCCAUCCUCGACCGUCGGAUCCCACCACCAGGAAGAAGAGGCGGAGAUUAUGGAGUUCCUCGACGCGCAAGCUCCAUCCUCGGUGGUCUUCGUCUCGUUUGGAACGCUCAUCCAGCGAAACGAGAAGGACGCUCGCGAGAUCUUGAGUGGGCUCGAGCAAUCCGGCCAUCCUUUCAUCUGGAAAUUCAGUGGCGAUGGCGAUUACGUCCCCACUGGAGCGGGAAAAUCUGGAUUGAUCCUGCGAAACUGGGCGCCGCAGCUACGAAUCCUAUCACACCCAUCCACCGGAUUGUUCCUGACGCACUGCGGAUGGAAUUCGUGCCUCGAGAGCUCCAGCCUCGGCGUUCCAAUCCUCGGCUUCCCGGCCUUUAUGGAUCAGCCCAUCAACUGCAAGCUCCUAGUGGAGCUUCGCAAGGCCGGGGUCAAACUGGCCACUCUCGAGAGCUUCCAGAUCGCCGAAGCGAUCAAGGAGGUGAUGGAGUCGGAGGAGAUCCGGAGAAACGCACAGAAGCUCAAGCUCGCUGCCGAUCGAGCGCCCAAGAGCUUAGAUUUCUUCGUGGACAAGUUAAGAGAAAACUCUGCUUUACAUUACUUGUGA